GGGUUGUGCUCGGGGAGGCUGUGAUGGGUUGACAGGUGCGUGACAAUCGGAGCUCUCUGCAAGCAUGUACGCCAAAGGCAAGAGUAACAACGUACCGUCCGACAACCAAGCCAGGGAAAAGUUAGCGCUCUACGUGUAUGAAUACCUGCUGCAUGUAGGAGCCCAGAAGUCCGCACAGACCUUCCUGUCAGAGAUCCGAUGGGAGAAGAACAUCACGCUGGGAGAACCUCCAGGGUUCCUGCACUCCUGGUGGUGUGUAUUCUGGGACCUGUACUGUGCGGCGCCAGAGAGGAGAGAGACAUGCGAGCACUCCAGUGAAGCCAAGGCCUUCCACGACUACAGUGCUGCGGCGGCUCCCAGCCCGGUCCUGGGGAACAUCCCUCCAGGAGACGGGAUGCCAGUUGGGCCCGUCCCUCCAGGAUUCUUCCAGCCUUUCAUGUCUCCUCGUUACCCUGGUGGCCCCAGACCUCCCCUCAGAAUACCCAAUCAGGCGCUGGGGGGAGUGCCAGGAAACCAGCCGUUACUGCCCAGUGGAAUGGACCCCACAAGACAGCAAGGUCAUCCAGGCAUGGGAGGGGCUAUGCAGCGGAUGACUGCCCCAAGGGGGAUGGUCCCACUUGGGCCGCAGGGGUACGGAGGGGGAAUGCGGCCCCCCAUCAACGCGCUAGGUGGCCCAGGAAUGCCUGGAAUGAACAUGGGCCCUGGUGGUCGACCCUGGCCAAACCCUCCCAACGCCAACUCGAUCCCCUACUCUUCAGCGUCUCCGGGGAGCUAUGUGGGCCCACCUGGAGGAGGGGGGCCCCCAGGAACUCCCAUAAUGCCCAGCCCAGCAGACUCCACAAACUCUGGGGAAAACAUGUACACUAUGAUCAAUGCAGUGCCCCCGGGGGCUAACCGAUCAAACUUCCCCAUGGGCCCGGGAGCCGACGCCCCCAUGGGGGGUAUGGCCGGCAUGGAGCCACACCACAUGAAUGGAUCACUAGGGUCUGGUGACAUGGACAGUCUGCCCAAGAACUCUCCUGGCAACAUGAGCAUGAGCAACCAGCCCGGAACUCCCCGAGACGAUGGCGAGAUGGGCGGGAACUUCCUCAAUCCCUUUCAGAAUGAAAGUUACUCUCCAAACAUGACCAUGAGCGUGUGACGCACCGUGGGCACAUCCAGAGGAGGGUACCGUACAGAAACAUGGAACUCGCUCCAUCCUGCUGUCCAUCCUUCAUCAGCUCUCUGAAGCCAGUCUGCGCUCCCUUUGGUUUCAUCUUAUCCUCAUCUUACUUACAGCCCUUAAAGACUGAGAGACUGAAGCUAAUUUUAACAAUUUCACCCAGAGGAAAAAACUAAAUGGAAAAAGACUUACGAAGGCAACGAGUCCACAGUUUAUCUAUAUAUUUAUAUAUUUGUGUAUAUAUGUGGGUGUGCAAUCAGAUACAUGUGCAUGUAUAUACAAAUAGAGAUGUAUUCCUUGAUCCUCCUUUGGACCGAGAAAAAAAGAAAAGAAAACGAGUAUGAGGAUGGAUUAUUUCAUGGUUCUGCAUUAUGUUUUUCAUUGUUUAAAAACCUUGAGCUUUGUUUUAUACUUUUUACUUUUUUUCUGAUUUGCUUUUACCGGUAAGAAAUGAUUUGUUUUUCUUUAUUGUUUUUUAGUUUUAUUUUUGGCUGCGACUCGAGGAAGUAGACCUAGAUACGGUAGUGUCCCUCACAUACUCAUUGACUGUCUGACCAUGCUAUUCGCUGACUGGCUGAAUGUCUGACCAUGCUAUUCGCUGACUGGCUGACUGACUUGACUGUCUGACCAUGCUAUUCGCUGACUGGCUGACUGACCUACGCACUGGCAAACUGACUCGCUCACUCACUGACUGAUCUCCUCGUUGCCUGAGCAGUGGAAGUGCAUUGCAGAGGCCAGCGGAGGCAUCACAGCCGUUGGGGCCUGCUCUUGGAAGAGGGGCUUUCCCUGUGUGAGAGACGCAGGGUCUGUUAUGGAGAGAGGACUGAGCCACCAGGACCAGGAGGUGGGUCUCUGCGUGAAGAACACCCCGCAAAUCCCCCCCCCCCCCCAUUACCACGGACAAAGCACAGCUUCAAAACCACCACAUCUGAAGUGAUAUCUCACCACGGACGUGCAUCUUCUUCUGAAUUGUCUGCCCAAAUGUAUGUCAUGCUUAGAAAUUAUAGAAGUAUACAUUGGAUUCAGGAUGGGAUUGGACUUGGUUCAAGCUAAAGUUUUGUUUUUAACUACCAUAUCCAGACGAGCGUGUUCGCUCUAGCUGUGUGUUCUAGAAGCAUGUAUAAUGUCCUCGCGAGCCUUACUGUAGCCUCGGAAACAGUUGCCAUGCCUGCUGUACCAGUGUAACCGUGACGACAUCCAGCACCACUCCUCUUGGAUACCCAGAACUCCCAGGAUGUGCUGCGGUGGCCUUUAGGUGCGUUUCUUCAGCUCCAGCAUGUUGGCCCUCUCCUCUGUAGCAGACCAGCGCCUAGAUGAACAGACACAAGUCAGCAUUUAGAUCAAGCCCUUUAUCUGCAGUGCAGUCUUUCAGCUGUAGAUAAUUAUGGAAAUCCAACAGGUCCCUGAAAACAUUGAAACAUUGUGCAGGACAGGCUAAUAUACAAUAGGAAUAGACACUAGGAAUGGGGAUUGUGGGUAAUGCUGUUUUGUAACAGGUGAGAAAGAACUACAGUACAAUGCUCAUUAUAUUUAAUGGAGGUGAAUAAGCAGUUGGAGAGAGUCGUUUGACUUUAGUGGAUUGGAAUGGCUCAUCCCUGAUUAGAAUCAUUUUAUGAGCACCGAUCCUAUUCCUUAUCAAGUCAGCUUUCUUAUCAAGUUGAACCAUGUCUAAUCUGAAAGGCAUACAGUAGGGAGUAUACACUGCUGUAAUGUACUUCCUGUGAAAUUUCUCACCAUAUGAAUUCCGUACAUGAAGUGUAGUUUAAAUACACCGAUAUCAGGCAUGAGUCAGACAUUUUAAGCAAUCAGACUUGCAUAAAUGUGUUUUUCAAACCCCGUUUUUUCUUUUGUUAUUUCUUUCGGGUUUCAUACAGAGCACUGUUCAAGGUUAACUCUCUUUGCUUGGGAAUCGCAUGAAAUUGACAAUUGCAGUUAUCUAUUCAAAGUUUGAACACAUAAUAACAUGAAAACAUUUGUUCGCAAUAACAGAGAAGUUACAUAAUGAAGAGACCUCUGGGGAAAAACUGCAUUCUUUGCAUUCCAUUUUUAUUUUUAGCAUGAAAUGAGCUGCAAAAAUAAUGGCCACUUGUUAUUAAGUUUUAAACUCAACAUUAUUUUAGUUUAUAGGACACGUGACAAUCGCGUUAAGUCUAUUUUCUCCCAACACUGACUUGUACACUUGACUUCAUUUUUCACAGACAAAACCUGAAUUUUCUAACAUCAGACUUUGUAUAAUUUAUUGUUUUCUGGAUAGCUCAUUCUGACAUAAUACUGUAAAAUAUAACAGAUAAUAGCUGUAGUUAUGUACUGCUACAGUGCUGUAUCUGCUAUUUCAUGCUACAGCUACUACAGAGGAAAAGGGUAUGACAGGAUAUUUGUUCUAGGAUUACAGUUCAUUCUUGUUUAGUCAAAGUCAAUCUCUUUAUUUAUGGUUGUCAUCCGGACAAACUGUGAUUUCUGUACUUACUGUUUUCUUUGAGGUAAAUAAUUCAAAAAUAUAUUCAAUUCUGUUUCUUACCGUAAACCACUGCCCAUUGUUAUUACAAUGAUUAUUGUUAUUAUGAUUACUUAUUUCUGAAAAAGGUCGAGUUUUGUGAAUUGUAUUGUCUUCUUCGAUCUUUUUAUGCAGCAAAGUGUAAUUUUAUAGCUUGGAAUUCCAAUUCAUCUGUGUUGUUGUGAAUUAUUUAAGAAAUAUCUAAAAACAAAACAGGAGGGAUGUCAACUUUUCUAGCAUUACUACCAUUGUAAUUGUACCUACCAUUUUUUAAUGUCAAAUUUUGCUGUUGGAAUUAUGAGGGAGAUUUUGUAAAUUGAAGACUUCAAUUCUUAGUUGUUUAAUUUUUUUUUUUUGUUUUUUUGUUUUUUUCAUUUUCAUUUGUGAUGUGAUUAUUUUUUACCUUGAGUUGAGUUUUGUAAAUACACUGAGAAGUACAAUAUGGGUUUUGGAUAUACUGAUAUAAAGCUUCUCUCCCCUCUUAAACAAA